AUGCCGCCCAAGGGAAACUCAAAGGUCGCACGGCUGCGCGCCGCAAACGCGGCCUCCGCCGCCUCGGCUUCCUCCUCCCAAGCAUCCGCAACAUCCUCGUCUACAGCAACUGCCACUCCUGCCGGCCCAGUCCCUUCCACCUCGUCCGCACACCACCAUUCUGAUGACUCUUCGGCCGAGACGGGACUCCCGCCCGCCAAGGCGCUUCCCUCCGAACCGAUGGACCUCGACGAGACGCAGGAAACGGGCGAGGGCGACACCGAGAUGGUCGACUACGCGCCUGCGGGGCCACUCGUUGGAGAGGACGAUGGCGUCAAGGUGUCAGCGCGGGUUGAGGCGGAGACUGCGAGUCGAGCUGCGAAAGGGAAGGGCAAGGCGAAGGUGCAGGAGCGAGGAGAGAUGGCGAGCAUGCAGGACGUCGGCAGGGACGCAAGACAUCUUGCGGAUGGGCUGGAAGCGCUCGGACAGGACAUGUACAAGGGGAAGAGCUUGAGUGACCCGAUCAAGAGCGUGACGGACAAGUGGGAGCUGCUGCCCGCCUUCCUCGCCGUCAAGGGUCUGGUCAAGCAGCACAUCGACUCGUUCAACUACUUUGUCGACGUCGACCUGCAAGCCAUCCUCCGCGCCAACGCCCGCAUCACCUCGGACGUCGACCCGAACUUCUACCUCGAGUACACCGACAUCCGCGUCGGUUCGCCCGAACGACCCGACGAGAAUGCCAUCAACCCGUCGAUCACGCCUCACGAGUGCCGCCUGCGCGACUUGAGUUACUCGGCCCCCGUCUAUGUCAACAUCAAGUACACGCGUGGGAAGCAGGAGGUCGUCUCAAAGGGUAUCAGGAUCGGGCGGCUACCGAUCAUGCUGCGGAGCAACAAGUGCGUCUUGAUGGGCAAGAACAAGGCGCAGCUCGCCCAGAUGAACGAGUGCCCGCUCGACCCGGGCGGCUACUUCAUCGUCAAGGGUACGGAGAAGGUCAUCCUCGUUCAGGAGCAGCUGUCGAAGAACCGAAUCAUCGUCGAGACUGAGCCGAAGAAGGGUCUCGUGCAGGCUUCCGUCACCUCCUCGACCCACGAGCGCAAGUCCAAGACCUACGUUCUGACCAAGCACGGCAAGAUCUACCUCAAGCACAACUCGAUCCACGAAGACAUCCCCAUCGGCGUGGUCCUUCGCGCCCUCGGCAUCGUCUCGGCACGCGAGAUUGUCCAGCUCGUCUGCGGCAACGACGACGACUACCGCGCCGCGUUCGGCAUCAACAUCGAGGAGAUGGACGACCUGAAGACCAAGUCUGGGCAGCCCAUCCCGGUCCAGACGCAGCAGCAGGCGCUCGACUACAUCGGACACCGCGUCAAGAUCAUUCGGAAACCGGCUGGGACGCCUGGGUCGGGAGGCGCGGAGAAGAGCUGGGCGCCCCGGCGGCCUGCGUCGGAGGAGGCGCUCGAGGUGCUGGCGACGGUCGUCCUCGCGCACGUUCCCGUCGAGGACCUCAACCUGCGACCGAAGGCGAUCUACAUUGCCAACAUGGCGCGCAGGGUGUUGAUGGCGAUGCUCGACCCGAAGAACGUCGAUGACCGGGAUUAUGUCGGUAACAAGCGUCUCGAACUCGCCGGCCAGCUUCUCUCGCUCCUCUUCGAAGACCUCUUCAAGAAGUUCAACCAUGAUCUCAAGAUGAACAUCGACAAGAUCCUCAAGAAAUCGAACCGAGCGACCGAGUUCGACGCGAUCAAGCAGUUCCAGCUUCACGGCGACGGCAUCACGCAGGGCUUCGUCCGCGCCAUCUCGACCGGCAACUGGUCGCUCAAGCGUUUCAAGAUGGAGCGCGCCGGCAUCACCCACGUCCUCUCGCGACUAUCGUUCAUCUCAGCGCUCGGCAUGAUGACCCGCAUCUCGUCCCAGUUCGAGAAGACGAGGAAGGUGUCCGGUCCUCGUGCGCUCCAGCCGAGUCAGUGGGGAAUGCUCUGCCCGAGUGAUACGCCCGAAGGAGAGGCGUGCGGGCUGGUCAAGAACUUGGCGCUGAUGACGCACAUCACGACGGACGUCGAGGAGGAACCGAUCUGGAACAUCUGCUUCCUCAUCGGCGUCGAAGACAUCAACCUUCUCGACGGCACCGAGAUCUACGCCGAAGGUCACCUCGUCGUGUACCUGAACGGUAACGUCCUCGGUCUGACCCGCUGCGGUCCUCGCUUCAUCCGCACCUUCCGCCACCUUCGACGCGCCGGCCGUAUCAACGAGUUCGUCAGCAUCUACGUCAACCUCCAGCAGCAGGCGAUCCACAUCGCCAGCGACGGAGGACGCAUCUGUCGCCCGCUGAUCAUCGUCGAGAACGGCCAGAGCAAGGUCAAGGAGUUGCACAUGAAGAUGCUCCGCGAGAAGGUCAUGACCUUCGACGACUUCCUGCGCAAGGGCUUGAUCGAGUACCUCGACGUCAACGAGGAGAACGAUGCCUACAUCGCGUUGUACGAAAACGAGCUCAAACCCGAGACGACCCACCUCGAGAUCGAGCCGUUCACACUCCUUGGCGCCGUCGCCGGCCUCAUUCCCUACCCUCACCACAAUCAGUCGCCUCGCAACACCUACCAGUGCGCCAUGGGCAAGCAAGCCAUCGGCGCCAUCGCGCACAACCAGCUCAACCGCAUCGACACUCUCCUCUACCUCAUGGUCUACCCGCAGACGCCCAUGUGCCGAACGCGGACAAUCGAGCUCAUCGGCUACGACCAGCUUCCCGCCGGACAGAACGCCAUGGUCGCCGUCAUGUCGUAUUCAGGCUACGACAUCGAGGACGCCCUCAUCCUCAACCGCGCCUCGGUCGACCGCGGCUUCGGGCGCUGCCAGGUCUUCCGCAAGUACACGACGCUCCUCAAGCGCUACCCGAACGGAAUGUACGACCGCCUCGCUGACCCUCCGAAGGGCGAGAACGGGGAGGUGCUCGGCAAGUACGGCAUCCUCGACCUCGACGGUCUUGCGCACGUCGGCGAGCAGGUCAACCCGGGCCAGGUCUACGUCAAUAAGCAGACGCCUUCGAACGCACACGACAACCAGCUGCCCGGCAUCGAUGGUCCUGGCGGCGCCGACGCUCCCGCCUCUACCUGGAAGAACACCGGCAUGAGCUACCGUGCUCCGAUUCCCGGCUACAUCGACAAGGUCCUCCUCACCGACACCGACUCGGACUCGACACUCGUCAAGGUGCUCAUCCGCCAGACCCGCCGACCUGAGCUCGGAGACAAGUUCUCGUCUCGCCACGGUCAGAAGGGUGUCUGCGGUCUCAUCGUCCCGCAGGAGGACAUGCCGUUCAACGACCAGGGCAUCUGCCCCGACGUGAUCAUGAACCCGCACGGUUUCCCCUCGCGCAUGACGGUCGGCAAGAUGCUCGAGCUUCUUUCGGGCAAGGCCGGUGUCCUCAAGGGCAAGUUCGAGUACGGAACGGCGUUCGGCGGAUCCAAGGCGGAGGACAUGAGCCGCGUCUUGAUCGAGCAUGGAUACUCGUACGCCGGCAAGGACUACCUCACAAGCGGCAUCACGGGCCAGCCCCUUGAGUGCUACGUCUACAUGGGCCCGAUCUACUACCAGAAGCUCAAGCACAUGGUUCUGGACAAGAUGCACGCCCGUGCUCGCGGUCCUCGCGCCGUCCUCACCCGCCAGCCGACCGAAGGACGAUCGCGCGACGGCGGUCUCCGUCUCGGCGAGAUGGAGCGCGACUGCCUGAUCGCCCACGGCGCGUCGCAGCUCCUCCUCGAGCGCCUGAUGGUCUCGUCCGACGCCUUCAAGGUCGACGUCUGCGGCCAGUGCGGCUUCAUGGGCUACAACGGCUGGUGCAAGCGCUGCAAGACGAGCAAGGCCGUUGUCAAGCUCAUGAUCCCCUACGCCUGCAAGCUCCUGUUUCAAGAAAUGAUCGCCAUGGGUAUCGCGCCGCGCCUCAAGCUCGAGGAUGCCGUCUAG